AUGCUAACUUACGGAGCCUCUCUAGAGGAGGUUCCUCCGGUGAAGGAAAUCAUCUUGGAGGUGCGCAUGGCGUACAUGGAGCUCAAUCAUGAGGCGAUCGCCCUCAUAGAAAAUAAGAACAAGGUCUCUAUCGCCUUCAUGUAUAAAGGAGAAGACCUCUCACAUGUUUGUGGAGACGCUAGGAGAAUAUGCUACAGGGUGUUCCGGAAGAAGAUAGACGAUACCUCAGUUCAUUUGACGGUCAACAGCAUCUUUCAGCUGCCCUUUUGUUCCACGUUUCCCAUGGCUGCACCAAGCUUGGAGCUAUAUGUGAUGCUGGAAAGUCUGUCCAACCUUCGCAAAUGUGUUGCCAGUGCAAGGAUCUCCCUUGGGCGGCGCUGCAGAAGUCUUUCCUCUCUGCUCAGCACAAACAGCUAUACCCUGUAUUUAGGCACGAAUUCUGUGACCGAAGCGGGCAGCUUCAUGAUGAGUGUGCGUCUCGGACACACAAGCGUCAAAGCCAAGAGUUUCAGCUUUUACUGGAGUCAAGAAUUGCGCUCGGGGUUGGACGAACACAAGCAAGGAAGAAACUUUCCCAACUUCCCCACCAAAGCUGGCGAGGAUGCCAGAGCCACUCUCACAAUCCUGAGGCAAACACGAAAGACCCUCUUUGAGCACAGAGUUGGUGCCAUAUCUGUCCCAGUUUCGAGAAAACCGGAAUUCGAUCUUAAAGGCCUUACCGCCCGCAUAGACGAGCUCCUUGUUCAGAUGGAAAGAGACGGGGUCAUUGUUGUCCCCAUGAUAACCCGGCUAAAGGCAGGCACGUUGAAACCACGGGACUGCUCUACCAAUCGUUUUGCAUCGUUUUUCUUGGAUAGUCAUCCUUACCGCAUCCUUGCAACUACUCCUAUCCCGUUCUUUAGCCCCGACACGGUUAUGAAGGCCAUGGACACUUCCAUACAUGAGCGAACGAGUACACACGGGUUCUUGGGAUGGGACCGAUGCUUGUCCAACACAUUCGACUAUCUGUUGGACAGAGCGGCGUUCCUGGAUAGCACAGCGCCAUCCAAGUCUGGCCUCUGCCUGGCGUCUAAUACCAGUCUACAUAAAUGCGUCCUGAGCACCUGCCAGGCGGUUUCUUGUGCGUCAACGUACUCCUUUUAUUCGGCUCAGUUUGCCGUGCAGAUUCUUGAGGAGGCGGUCUUCGAGCCGACUGCAGAGAGUGUUCUGAUUGGAGCUCUGCCCUUUGACAGCACCCAGGAGAGCACUGACUUGCAAAAGUUCGAACAGGCGGAUACAGAUAGAGGAGACCAUAGCUCACAAAAGGACGGGCUCGAUAAGAAGCCAGUUCUACCUCCCGUGAAUCACACUCAUCUCAGGGAGAUUCGCAGCAGCAUGGACACCUGGAGACACCGAUGCUAUUUCCGCAGACUCCCUUCAGAGCAUCCGCUCCAGAUAUUCGCACUUUUCAAGCGUGAUCAGCUGUUUGUGAGCCGACAGGCCAUUGGUCAGUCUCGCUCAGGCAUCCUCUUGGCCAUACUUGUUCUUGGAGACGAAAACGUUGAUGUGGAAGAGGCGAGCAAGCUUUACGGAGUAGAGAUCCAGACCCAGCGCAUGAUAAACGACGCGAUCGUGGCGUUGAAGAAGCGCGCAGCCGAGGGCACAACUGGGAAAUCGAAGAGUACGCAGAGACGCAGUCUAACAAGCCUAAAUACUGUUCUUAUGACUGCUGUAGACUACAAAGGCUUCCGUGUUGUAGUGUUGCCGUUGCCGGAGUCCAUACCAGAGGUGGUCGCAUGGCCACAACCUCUUUCUGCUCGUGUUCGUCACGAAGUUUCUUUUAUAGAGACUAAACUGAAUAUUUGCAACCUGCUGAAGCCAGUGUCAUCCGAGCGUCACGCUCGUGAUGUGACAAUCCUGCUAUCAGUGAAGAACAGAGGCACUGACACGAUGAUGCUUUAUCGAACAUGUUAUGCGCUACCGUUGUUCUCUGGGAAGGAUGUCAGCGGCCCCCGUCCCUCCGUCUCCCAACGCCUUCGAACUGUCCCUUUUGAGUAUUCCGCCGAUAUGGAGAUGGCACUGAAAAACAGUCAACAACUGCCUCCGCAGAUGACAGCAAAGCCAACGCAGCCUGACCAGACUUUCCAAGAUGCGAUUGUAAGGUCUCCAUUCAGCCGUCUGUACUCCCCUGUGGACGAGCUCGUCCACUUCAUCACUCGCUCGUACAGCCGUUCGUAUAGAGAGAACGUUGAGCCCGUUAUCUGCGGCAAUUCGCUCCCCGGAAGAAAGGCACAGCGUCUUGGAACCAUCGUGAAGUCCGUUGUUCUUGAUGAGUAG